CAACUGUAUACGGAAGUGCUCAGGCAACCGAAACAAAAAUACUGACCUGAAGUUAAUGGCAUGCCAAUGAAACACCUCCUAUUUCAAGCGAUAACACAAUGGAAAAUUCAACCGUGUCUGAGAAAGAUGGAGGUUUCCUGUCCAGAAUGGCCCUUAAUGACAACAAGGCUGGGAUGGAGGGUCUUGACAGGGACAGAAUCAACAAGAUCAUCAUGGAGUCAUCAAAGGGCUCCAGGUUUUAUGAGAACGAGAUGAAGCGAGAGCAGCAGGUGAACCAGCGAAUCGAGAAAAUGAUGGUGCAAAAAGCACAAAUUACAGAGCACCAGUUAAAGAAAGCACAUCAUAUGGUAGAACGGAUGGUAGCCGAACUUGACAAAACGCGUGAUCUAAGUCGUGUUAUUGUGCAUGUGGACAUGGAUGCUUUUUACGCUGCAGUGGAAAUGAGAGACUGUCCUGAGUUGAAAGAUAAGCCGAUGGCUGUGGGAGCAAUGAGCAUGCUGUCAACAUCCAACUACCAUGCCAGAAAAUUUGGCGUCCGAGCUGCCAUGCCAGGCUUCAUUGCAAAGAAACUUUGCCCUGAACUAGUUAUUGUGCCGACCAACUUCGAUAAAUACCGGGCUGUGAGCCACGAGAUUCGGGAAAUAUUUGCAGACUAUGACCCCCACUUUCAGCCAAUGAGUCUGGAUGAGGCCUACCUGGACUUUACAGAUCAUUUGGAGCAGAGGAGGAACUUGCCUGAGUCAUCUCGAACUCAUCACUUCAAUUCCAGCUCCCUUGCUAAAGGCGAUGAGCCAGCUGACGUCCCCCAGAAGUCUUCACCAAAGGCUGAGUGUAUCUCUCCUGUUCUUUUUGAUGACAGCCCAAAUGACGGUCCAUUAUUACAAGGCUCGGAAGAGACCGGUCCUGCUGUCAGCACUGUGGAAGUUUUCGGCACAUCUGUGGAGGAGGCUGUUCGAGAAAUGCGUUUCCGCAUUGAGCAGAAGACCCAGCUGACAGCAAGUGCAGGCAUUGCUCCGAACAUGAUGCUGGCUAAGGUGUGCAGUGACAAGAACAAGCCCAACGGCCAAUACAGGCUUGCACCUAGCCGAGAGGCAGUCAUGGACUUCAUCCAGAACCUUCCAGUUCGCAAAGUGUCUGGCAUCGGGAAGGUGUGCGAGAAGAUGCUGAAUGCGUUGGACAUCAGCAGCUGUUCUCAUCUUGGCCAGCAGAUGGCCAUGUUGUCUCUGUUAUUCUCGGAGACAAUGUGGCAUCAUUUCUUGCGCAUCUCCCUGGGUUUGGGAUCCACGCACAUCGCGAGGCACGAGGAGAGGAAAAGCAUGAGCACCGAGAGAACAUUUAGAGAACUGAGCUGCACAGACGAGCAGGUGACUUUAUGCAGGGAGAUCUGUCAGGACUUGGCAGAUGACAUGAAGAAGGAAGAGCUGAAGGGUAAAACGGUAACGCUGAAGCUGAAGAAUGUGAACUUCGAGGUGAGGUCCCGAGCAGUGACGCUGACCUACGCUGUAUCCACUGCGGAUGAGAUCUUUGCUGUUGCCAAGGAUUUACUGAAGACUGAGAUCGAAAAUGAGAAGCCACAGCUGCUCAGACUCAGACUCAUGGGUGUUCGCAUCUCAACCUUUGUAAGUGGAGAUGAUAAGAAGGCUCAGCAGAAGAGCAUCAUUGGCUUCCUCCAGUCUGGCAAGCCAAGCUCAGCAGGCACAUCCAAGGACGUGCAGCAGAAAUCAGAGGAGGAACAGGCAGUCAAUCCCUCCACUCAGACACUGCAGACUAAGGAAGAGAUUCCCAGGUGGACCAGAAAGAAGUCUUUUGAUGGAGCUAGUGAUGAGACAAGACAGUCUUUCUUCCAAAAGGCCCAAGCCAAGAGACUUCAGCUUCAAACAGCAAAUGGAAGCAGCCAAGAGGACCAUGAUGAGAGAGAUGCUGCAGCAGCCGUUCUCACUCUUGAAAGUGAGGAGUCAGAGAAGGACGGCACAAGUCUUGUUCGGUGUAGGAGUCCUCCCCCUCCCGAGCCUCAAGCGUCCACUUCAGGCUUGGGCGCUUCCACGGCCAGCAGCUACACCUGCCCUGUGUGUUUCAGCCAGGUGAAGACCUCCAACCUCAGUGCCUUCAACGCACACAUCGACCGAUGUCUGAGUAACAAGAGCUGUGAGCCCGUUCCAUACAUGAUCUCAGACUCUGAGUCUGAAGCUGACUUCCAGGACGGGCAGCUAAAAUGUGACCAGAUGGACAAGUGCAGGCCAAAGGAGGUUCAGAAGCAGCCAGAGGAGACCUCAGACCAGAAUGUAGCGCCGCUAAUGAAUGAUGACAGUGGAGCACUGACCUUGCAGAAGCCUCAGUCACAUCAUGGAGGACGGCCAGCGCUGAUAUGUCCGGUGUGUCAGCUGACCCAGAACACAGAUGACCUCACAGUCUUCAACAGCCAUGUUGACCUCUGUCUGAACCAGCAAGUGCUCCAUGAGCUGCAGACGCCAGCCACUGUGAGACCAGUCUCUAACCCCAGAGCUGCAGACAAAGCCCUUCCUGCGGCGAGGCAGGCAAGCAAAGGCAAAACUAAAAGACGGGACAUUUCUUCCUCUGCUCCUGCAAAAAAGGCCAAAGUUGUGGCUUCUAGCAACACAAUUGACAAGUUCUUCAGGUGACAAGUCUGAGCUUCUCCAUUCUUAGAAUGUGACUUUGCACAAUCAUGGACCCAAAGCCAUGUUUAUUCAUUAGCUAUCGAAUUAAUGAUGUAAAUUUAUCUGUGGAUCAGGUAUUUAAUGAAGGUUUUCUAUCACAUGAAUUUGUCUGCUGCUGUGUCCAUAUUUUCUGGACUGAAAUAUUUAUAAUGGUAGUUGAAUGAGUAGGACUUUAUUUAUGUUUCUAUGGAUUUUAAUAGUGAAAUUGACAAUAAACAAAUCUUGGGCUUGAAUUGUUAUUUCCUGUCACAUGCGACUGUGUGGUUUGGUGGGGGGGGAUUUUCCAUCUACUGCAGAAAAAGUGAAUAAAUAUGAGAUCUGGAAAACAGCAUGUGAAGUUAGCUGGUCAUAUUAUUGAUUGUACUUUUAAUUGUACUAUUUGGAAGCGUUGUGCGUAGUGCAUGUUGAAAUAUAUCUUCAUUUAAUGUUUAUUUAUUAAUGUUAAGUAGAUGAAAUCGUUUUAAAAAAUGUAAAAAAUGGACGGUAGGUUACUUCUCUUUGUGCAUGACAAGCGGUGAGGAAUGUUUCCUCGUUCACUAAACCUCACUAAACAUGUAAUUUUAAUGAGACUGGAAACACUGACAUGACCUGCGUUCAGGUUCUUACGUGGUAUUGGAUCAUUUGUUAUAGUUAUUCAGAAGGCAUUGUUCGAUUGGUCUGAUAGUUACAACUAUGCAAGUCCUAUUCUGUGCCAUUCAAGCAGGUUUGUCUUCCUCCUGUUUAGAGUUUCUUUUCAUUCUUCUUCUCCACCUCUUCCUUCAUCUUCUUCCUGUCAUCUGCCUUAUCUCCAUAUCUUUUUCUCCAAACUGCUACACGUGCACUGUCCCUCUGAUAUAUUCAUUUCUGAUUCUGCUCUCCUCUUCACUCUCACCAUUCCACCCUGCCUGCACUCUUCACCUCUUUUAAUCUCUGUCAUUACUCUAUAAUCGGUGAUUCUUAACCAUAGGGCCGGGGCCCAUGGUUGGGCCGCGAGCGCCCCCUAGAGGGCCACAAAAAGUUUUUUUUGUUU